AAAAGAAAAAAAAGGGGAAAGAAAAGAUCGAUAAUUCCUGAAAAUUCUCUAGAAACCGGAAACAAGUAUCGCGUCAUCGUCACAUCGUCCGGAACCUUGCCUUAAGCGUGACGCAAAUUCAUCGGCAUCCUGUUCACCCCCCUUAUACCUCCGUUCGUUUCGUAUCGAUCGACCAAUGAGACCGCGCGUAGGGCGAAAUAGGGAAGGGAAGGGGGGGGGGAGAGGAAAAAGAAAAAAUAAAAAAAAGAAAAGAGAAGAAAAGAAAAGACAAAAAAGGGAACGAUACAAAAGAAAUAGCGCACGUAAACACGUGGAUUAAACAGUGACACCGAUUGCCGGCCGUAGGGACGAGGAAUGGUGGGAUUCCGCGAACGGAAGGGCGGUGUGGAUGCCGGAGGAAAGUGAGAGGAAACGAAGAAACGAUGGCAGAAAACAGAACUUUGCUCUCCAACGGCCGUGAGUCAUCGUCGCGUGGCCACUUCCACCGACUUCAUUCAUCCUGGACGAAAAAAAGUCAUCGUCGCCGUUCGUGAUUCCGAAACGAGUGGCAAUCGGGUGGCAUGGAGGAGCCACAGAAGCUGUUCCGUCUUCCUGGCACCAUCGAGGAGGAGGAGGAGAAGGAUAACGAGGAUAGAAGGCAGCAACAGCUGCAGGAGAACCCGAACACGGCCGACUCACCCUUGCUGGAGCAGAGGAACACGGGAACACUGUCCAGCCUGCCCAGGUACGUCACCCUGGUCAGGGUCAGCACCCAGAGCAGCAGCAUCGGCGGUGGCGUCGGUCGUCAGGAUUCUACCAGGAGUCGGUACCGGGCAUGGCCAACGCGAAAGCUACGUCGUCGAGCCGUGCUGAAGAACGGGGACUGCAACGUCCUCCAGUCCCGUAUCUCUCGACGUUCCCUGCGCUUCCUACGAGACAUCUUCACGACCCUGGUGGACACCCAAUGGCGAUGGAUGUUGCUCUGCUUCAGCCUGAGCUUCGUCCUCUCGUGGCUGGGAUUCGCCGUGAUCUGGUGGCUGAUCGCGUUCAGCCACGGCGACUUCGAGGAGCGCCACCUGCCGCCCUACCAGAUCGAGAACAACUGGACGCCUUGCGUGAACAACAUAUUCUCGUUCACGAGCUGCUUCCUGUUCAGCAUCGAGACCCAGCACACGAUCGGUUACGGGAGCCGUGGCACGACCGAGGAGUGCCCGGAGGCGAUCUUCGUCAUGUGCAUCCAGAGCAUCGUGGGCGUGAUGAUCCAGGCGUUCAUGGUGGGCAUAGUGUUCGCUAAGAUGAGCAGGCCGAAGCAGAGGACUCAAACGUUGCUGUUCUCGAGGAACGCGGUCAUCUGUCAGAGGGACGGCGAGCUGUGCCUCAUGUUUCGGGUGGGCGACAUGAGGAAGAGUCACAUAAUCGGGGCAGCGAUCAGGGCGCAGCUGAUAAGGUCGAGGACGACGAAGGAGGGGGAGGUGUUGUCGCAGAAUCAACAGGAAUUGGCGGUGGGGACGGACGGGCAGAACGGGAACCUGUUCUUCAUAUGGCCGACAACGAUCGUCCACAGGAUAAACGAGGAGUCCCCGUUCUACAACAUGUCCGCGGAGGACAUGCUGACGGAAAGGUUCGAGAUCGUGGCCAUCCUCGAGGGAACGAUAGAGUCGACCGGGCAAACCACCCAGGCGAGAUCGAGCUACCUGCCCCAGGAGAUCCUGUGGGGUUACAGGUUCGAGCCUAUGGUCAUGUACUCGAAGGAGAGGCAGGGCUACGAGGUGGAUUACUCGUUGUUCAACAGCACCACUCAGGUGGGCACCCCUCUGUGCUCGGGCAGGGAGCUCGCCGAAUUUUACAAGGCCCAGGAGGAGCUUCGUCACGGGAACGGUACGGUAAUAAUCGAUGAGGAUUUCUUAACGGAGUCCUGUCAAGAGAGCCAUUACGGUCAUCGUGCGACGAGUCAUCAUCAUCAGCAUCAUCACCAUCAUCCGAAUCAUCAUCAUCUCAACUACUUGGACGGUGGCAGAAGCGAGACAAGCGCCGACGAGGCGACCACCACCAGUCGAAACGCUUACAGAGAUUCGAACUAUCACGGCCCGCCUGUGGCGAUCCCUCACCGAAACGAGAAUCCCCACUUCAAGAUCCUCGAUCUGGAUCCCGACGGUAUCCAGGUGAUGGGCGAGAUCGAUCUGCAACACCUGCCAGACGCCGUGAACAAGGAGAUCUUGAAGAACAGUCGAGAGAUCAUCUUCGAAGAGCCGGAAGCGUCGAGGGAGGGAAGCCCGUUGUUGCUGUUCAAGUCGUCGGCCAAUCGAAGGAGCUCGGCCGCCAAACCCCCUCCCCUCCUCGACGAGGAGAGAAGAUCUUUGAACAGCUCCAAGAGGAGCCUCUACCACAGGAAUAUCCUGCGAGGGUGUUUGGAAGAGGACAAGAGAUCGUUGGAUGGAUCCAGGAGGAACUUGCACGGGUCCAGGAAGUAUCUGUUGAUACCCAUAGACGCGAGCAAAGAGGCUGGGGGCAAAGAGAGUUUCGCGAAACGUCAGACGGGCGAGUGUUCGAACGGGGGGAGAAGGAUGAUCUGGCCGAAGGGGCAGUCGAAAGAGAUUCCGGCGGAGCCGGAAACCAGGAGAAGGCUGAACUCGAACGACGACAGAUUGAUGAUCGAGAUCGAGAAAUCGUCGAAACGUUCGGCCUCCGGAGUUCGACGCGACAUGUUAAACGAGGCGUGCGGAACGUCCCUCUCCGACCCCAAUCUGUCGCCCCGUUCGAAGGGCGGACAAUCGCCCGUUCCACCCGUGUCGAACGCGUCGCCUGAGUCAGGCUUCUACGAGGCUUCCGCGCAGUGGAAUUCAAGCCCGGAGUACGGGAGGAAGCAACUUCCCAACGGGUCCCCCGUGAUCGCGAGGAACAGAAGGAGCUACGAGAACGCGCAGCUCCAGGACGUGAACGAGGUCCUCGGGGUGUCGCGGCCCAACAGCGACAACAGCGACUCGUUGGACAGCGAGAAUCCAGCGAACGACGGCGAUGCUCGUGGAUACGGCGAGAGGAAACAGCCGAUCUCCUACACGAGCGUCUGACGGGGGGAAAAAGCGGGUUCCAUCGAUCUCCAGCGUCGGUUGUAAUCGUGUCGCAACCGAAAAAACUUUCAGGGUUUUUCGUUUCUUGGAAAACGGGAAGUAGAAGUAGUGUUCGAGAUGAUGAGCUUGGUUCCAACUCUCACCGGAUUCGAUUCAAUUGGAAAAUUGGAAAGAUGUUUAAAUUAGUUGGUAUAUACUGCCUGGUAUUUUUUUUGUCUCUUGGAUUCUUUUCUCUUCCGAGAAAAGAACGUUCUUUCUUCUUUUUUUUUUUUUUUUUUUUUUUUUUUUUUUUAGUUUAACGAUUCGUUUAACGAGGGAUUCGUGAUCGAGGGUUGGAAAAGUGAAGGGGAGGGAAAAGUGUAUUUCGUUUAUAUCGUUCGUUCAACACGCGUAGUUAAUUUUUCCAAACUAUACUAUGUAAGCGAAUUUAUAUAUAUAUAUAUACGAUUAUAUAUGGAUUAAGUAAAUUAAGUAGAGGAUAACGCACAAUUAUUUUCUGAUUCGCUAUUUUACAUCGAUUGUGUAAAUGAUACAUUGAAAUGAACCGCAGGUCGGUUACCGCGAAGCUUCCGUAAUAACGUAAGGAUCGAAAAGAAGGAAUCGAUCGAAUCGUUUCUUUCGCUCGUUUCCAUCUAAUUUUUAGUGAAAUUAAUCCUUUAGAAGUGAAUGUAAUUGACAAUAAUUUAAAUGACAAGGCUUUCGAACAAGGCUUCGUUAGAGUUACUGUCCAUAUUAUAAAUAAUUUAGAGAUAUUCGCAAAAUUUGUACAAAUGACGACGAAAAAAGUUUCAAUUAAGUUUAAGCAUUUAAAGUCGGCAUACUCGUUAGAUGUAGGUAUACACACACACACACAUAUAUAUAAAAUCGCGUAAGCGCAAGAGAAAAAAAAAUAUAUAUUUUUGCAAAUUUAAAGACGUACAAACGUAUCAAAUCAACGAUGUCUCUGACUGAAGUCAUUGGUUACACGUCCAUGCAUCCUUAUGAUCGAGCAAAUCAAUAAUGAAAUAAACAUUCAUCGAUACCGUUCGAUUCUCCUCUGUUGAAUCCCCUCUGUAAAAAUGAUCUAUAUAGAUAAAAUUAGAAAAAGAUCGAGAAGUGGAGAAGAGAAAUUCGCGCCAAUUCGAAAAUUCUACGCGCCAAAUACCUCGAAUUAGUUGAAAAGUAGUCCGUCUCGUUACAAACGAAGAGAAAGAAGUGCCUUUACUUUACUUUCUACCUCUGAAGAGGAAGAAGGCAACGUUGAGCUUUCACCGUCGAAGAUAAAUAUAUAUAAUAGCGCCGUUAAUAUUUAUUGCCUCUAUUCUUUUACUAUUACAACAAUAGUACGUACACAUACGAAUAUAGAAAUACGUUUUACAAUAAAAGACACUCGCAUCGAUCGUGAAAAUUGAUUGGACGAUCUACGUCUUCGAUUCGAUCCACGAGGACGAGCCGUGAUCAGAUAUUUAGACGUAUUUAUAGACAGACUGGGCGGAGAAAACUCCGGGUCCGAAACGAUAGCCCCGAGCUUUCUCCAGGGACAUGGAUACCUGCCAUCGUGACUUCUAGAGUAAAUUGUGAAAAUGUUAUUUGUGUGUAAUAAAGACAAUUUCGAAAUCUAAA